UGCGUAGCAUGUAUGUAGCAUACCUAUAGCACAGACCUCCUUAGCCUCUUUAGCUUUAUCGUAAUCCACUGUUUGUCUCUUCCAUAUCUUCACCCACUUUCUGUUGAGCAGUUAGUUAUUUAUCUACAAAGUGUAACCCGAAACCAUAAAAACAUAAAACUCUCUUCGCUUUACUUACUUCAAGCAAGUCUCGUCACUCACUAAUCUAAGAGUUUUAUCACCCCAAUUCGCAAUGAGAUUCUCUACCGCCUGCGUGGCUGCCAUGUCCGCUAGCCUGGCUUCGGCUGGAGGCUGGUUUGGCGGAUCUAAUGAAGUCGUCAUCAAGGACGUGCAGAAGGUCCCUGGUGACUCUCCGCUCGAGUUCUGCGAUUCGGACCACAGCAAUGAUAUUAUCAAGAUAGAGAGCGUCGAUUUGUUACCGAAUCCUCCUGAGUCUGGUGCUGAGCUGGUUAUCCGCGCCACGGGAACCGUAUUCGAACGUAUCGAGGAAGGCGCCUACGUCGACAUUGUCGUCAAGUACGGUCUGAUCCGCCUCCUUGCUACCAGGGCCGACCUGUGCGAACAGAUUGGGAAUGUUGAUCUCGAGUGCCCCAUCGAGAAGGGAGUCCUAUCUAUCACCAAGUCUGUUGAUAUUCCCAAGGAAGUUCCUCCGGGAACAUACAACGUCUUCGCUGAUGUCGCUACCGCCGAGGGCAAGCCCAUCACCUGUCUUCAGGCUACGGUGAAGUUUGGCGGCAGCAAGCAGGACACCAUGGGUGAUGGUGACCUUUAAACGGCU